AUGCUCCAGGAGCUUUUUGACCUAGCUCGCUCUCAAGCGGGCGCUUGGAGAAUAACCUCAGAGGUGGUAUUUGACACUUGUGUAAUUUUGAUCAUUUUGAAUAGACUUUAUGUCACAGCAUCUAUUUACCGCAAUCGUCCUCGUAACAUACUCAUUUCUGGACCUAAGUUGCGUUGGGGAAAAUGGUUGAGCAGCAUAAAAUAUGUUCUCAGUGCUCCAGAUAUCAUCCAGCAAGCAUAUGAUCAGGCCAAAGGAGAACCAUUUGCCAUUCCCGCUCUCGACGAGUAUCAAGUCUUUGUGUCAUCUGAGGCACACAUCGCGGAGGUAAAUGAGAGUUCUCAAGAUCAUUUGUCCCUACAUGAUGCUAUGGAAGAUCGAGUCAAAGCGAAAUACACAUUUUAUGGAUUUGAGACAGGAGAAAUUGAUCCUCAUGACACUAUACCAGGACGUGUUCUUAAGUUCCUUCUGAGAACAAAUCAACCCGCUCUGAGACCCAGGAUUCAAGAAAAGAUUGAGGAAGCUUUUAGUAAAGUUUUGUCAAAAGGCAAAGCUGUCAAUGAUUGGACUUCAGUUUCUGUCUUAGGCUUGUCUGAGGCUAUCGGUUUGAGAAUAAAUUGUCAAGUGCUUGUUGGAGAUGAACUUGCUAACAACCAAGAUUAUGUUGAUGCCGUAUUACGAUACUCGAACGAUGUUAUUCUGUCUAUGGAAUUCUGUCGUUACAUGCCUGCAUUCAUCAUUCCAUACGCCUGCCCCGCAAUCAUGGCUUGGAGUGGUGCAAUGAAAAAAAUAGCCGGGCAUAUCAGACCUUUGGUUAUCCAACGUCUCAGAGAUAUCGAGGAGAAGAAAACUUUACCCUCUGACUGCAUAACAUGGGUCAUUGAAUCAUCCACAACCCCCCGCCAACGCACCGUAGAGCGUAUCGUACAGCAAAUGAUUGCCCUCACUUUCGCCUCCGCCCAUCAACUUCCUCUAGUCUUGACUUUCACAAUUUACAACCUCUGUCUUCACCCAGAAUACAUCGAACCACUCACUGAAGAGAUCCGCUCCAUGCUAUCCUUACCCGAGGAAAUGCAGUACAAGAACAUGCCUUUGAUGGAAUCUUUCCUCCGCGAAUCAGCUCGUGUGAACCCAUUAGAUGCUCUUUCUAUCCAACGUAAAGUUAUGAAACCAUUCACUUUCUCAAGUGGUGAAACGAUUCCGCAAGGGAAUAUUAUUGCGGUGCCUCAGGAUGCUUUGAUGAAGAGUCCGAGGUAUUACAAUGAUCCGGAGACUUUUGAUGGUUUCAGAUUUGUAUUACCGGAGGAUAGAGGGAGAGAGGAACCCAGGAUGAAGUAUACGGAUGUUAGUAGUGGAUUUCCAUUUUGGGGAGCUAGUAAGAAAGCUUGUCCUGGCCGUUGGUACGUCAGCGCGUCAUUGAAACAAAUUUUGGCGCACUUGUUGACCAACUAUGAAUUUAAAUUGGCGGAUGAUAAUAAAGCACUUACCAUGGGAUAUACCACAAUGGUGAUACCAAGACAUGGAACGAGAGUCUUGUUGAGGAAGCUUGAGAAGAGUGGAUAG